UUGGUCAGAUUUCAAUCAGAAAAGAUAUAAUGGCUGAGAAAAUUUCGGACCUUUUUGACUUCGGAAAGGUUGAAGUAGUGCUAAACAUCAAUCAGCUGAAAAGAGGCGAUCACAUAUUUUUACAUCGCUCCUUUGGAAUACACCAAGCAAUAAUAACAGAUGUAAACAAAGAAACAGAGGAAUUUGAAGUUAUUGAAAUUAGGAAAGAUAAAAAUCAAAAUCCCGUUAUUAGACCAAAAAGAAGCACUCAAAAGCUGACAAGGUGUAGAAAAUGUAUGUAUGCAUAUUGUCGGUACACUUAUCCCGGCAUUCAGAGAAAUAGCCCAGAUUUAACGGUUGCUCUAAUUGAAGCUUGUCUCGCAAAAAAUGAUACCAUAAAGUAUGAUUUGUUUUUAAACAAAUGCUACCACGUUGCUGUUUUCUGUGCUACUGGAUAUCCCUACAGAGAGAAAAUAGAAAAACUAGGAGAAGGUUCGACUAUUACAGAACAUGUUGGAAGGAUCCUUCAAACACUGUUUGUAGGUAACUAAAGAGCUUCCAAAAUUGGAAAGAGCUGGACAGAUAGCUUCAGAAAAAAAG